GUCCUUUCAUUGGUCAGAGCGGGACAGUAAGUGACACGUUCCGCGCGCUUGACACAGACACAGACAGCCAGCCAGGCUGUUUACUACGCCUGUAUAUCGCUUUAUCUAAAGCAACUCCAAAUAUUCAACAUGCACAUGAUACCAAGACACUAGUUCACAGAAAAGAUGGAGGACGUGGCCUCAGCCCCUGUUCUCGCAGACCCGUCCCAGCCUGCAUUUUCCCACCCAUCAGUCUCCUUGUGUCGCAACCGCAAGUCUGGAACAGCCAACAUCUUUCAGGGGGUGAACCUGAGGCAGCUCAGACGGCUCUUCCACGCAGCUGGGGAACCGGAUGCUGACCAGAAAGCUCGGAUGGUGUGGGGGAACCGGAGAGUAGGGGCCAGUGAGGAUGGGGUGGACGGGGAAGAAGAGGAUGGAGGGAUGACGGAGGUAGAGACGGGGCUGGCACAGGCGUUGGUGGGACUAAGGGUUCGAGCUCGGAACAGAAGUGGACUCAGGGUGGAGUCUCAUAAGGACACUGCAGGAACGAGAUGGGUCCGAGCAUUUGGUCAUCUCAGAAUCAACGAGGGGUCACUAGGCCAAUCGUCUGAUGUCAUAACCAGAGAAGGUGAUGAUGAUGCAUCUGCUUUGGGAGCCUGUGGAGGGCCGGGCACGUUUGAGGCUGGAUCAUGUGACCAAGCUGACUUCCUGCCCCCAGACGAAGAGACUCAGGGGGCGUCUGGUGGUCCCAGAUGGAGUUGGAAUGCUGUUCAGCAGAAAGACCCAGAACGCUACCUGCACCGGAUCCGACACUGAUACCGCUAGCGGAAAAUGGAACCGUGCGGGAUUAACACUAAUUUAAAGCAUGGAAUUAAAUUACUGCCCAGAAUAAGAUGUUAGGCAGAAUUUUAGUCUCAGUCACCAUUCGCUUUUAUUGUAUGGAAAAAGGAUGCAUUGAAAGUAGAUGGUGACUGAGACUAAAAUUCUGCCUAACAUCUUAUUCUAGUGUUCCACAGAAAAAAGUAAUACGGGUUUGGAACGAGUCAGAAUUGUCAUUUUUGAGUGAACUACUCCUUUAAACGAGCAAUGAACAACACUACAGCCCUGCGUGGCUGGGAACGGACAUGAACAAUAAUCCCACAGGAUGUGAGUUCUGUUAUACCUGGGAAUUGAGGCACAGAGUUGUUGGGAAAUCCUCAAACUCUACAGAUUUGUGCCAUUCUCACGACCUCUUACCUCAAGCACACUACCAGAUCACACAACAGCAGUGGAACACUAUUAAAGGGAUAGUUCGCACAAAAUGACACUUCUUUGAUCAUUUAUGCACACUAAUAUCGUUUCAAACCCGUAAAACUUUCUUCUGUUGAACACAAAAUGUUAGACAGAAUAUCCAAGUUGUUCUAUUACAUACAAUGAAAGCGAAUGGGGACUAAUGACUAAAAGCAUCAUAAAUGUAAUUGUAUGACUUCAGAAGUCAUGGUAUUUGGCACACGAGUUGUAUGGACUUCUUUUAUGGUGCUUUUUGGAGCUUAACUGCUAAAGUCACCAUUUACUUUCAUUGUAUGAAAAAGAGUAGUCUGAACAUUCUGCUAAAUUGACAUGAGUGGUGAGUAAAUGAUAACAGAACUAGGAUUUUUGUGAACUAUUCCUCCAAUUUUAAACACAACAGUGACUCAAAUCUCAUUGAAGCUUCCAGAGCCCUGCCUCUUUUUCUUCUUUUCUAGAAUGAAUGUAUGGGGGCUGGAAAUUGAUGGUUUUCUAUUAUUUAAUGUUAUGUGCUGUAGUCCUUCUUCAGGGAGAGUUCUGACUCCGGGUGGUGUUUAAUAGUCAAUAUAUAUAAUGUGUGUUCGCAUUUACUGCAACAGUGCAGUUCUCUUCUAAUCAUUAGUGUGGAUUUAGAUACUGUCUGUGGUAAUAUGUAAAUUAUGCAUUAGCAUUAUGCACCAGUAGGUGACGUUAUAUGGAGAUAUGCUGGACACUAAUCAUUCUUACUAAUCAUUUAAUGUCUUCUUCUGUCACAUAGACAGACAUUUAGAAGCAAUACGGCUUGACUAAUCAAAUGUAGCUAAAUGUAGUCUUUAUGAAGCCUCAGAAAUCAACUGUUGGCAUUUUGCAUAAAGGUGGUUUGAAAGUGAGAACACUAAAUGUGCAAGAGGAGUUGUUAUUUUUCACAUUGUCUUUAAGUUGGAACUUCCGAUUAAAA